AACCAACCCUACAUCAUUUCUGGCUAAAUCAGAUGAGGGUACAACGCAGCAUGUCUUCAUUCUUUGUCUACUUCUUCUUCAUUGUCGUACACAUAUCCCUACCUAAAUCUGUGUUUUCUGUAUGUGGGCCAUUAAUAAGAAUAAUAAAAGCUGAAGGAGAAAAUGCCCAUCUACAUGUGAAUGUGACGGGGACCAUAGACGUCUACUGGAACAGUAUUCCCGGGGAUAGAAACUUUGCCAAAACAAAACCUAAUGGUGAAUUGGAAAUUCUAGAUGAUCGGUAUCAGGGGAGACUUCAGGGCUUGAAAGAUAGUUCCUUAGUUAUAAGAAAUGUAACCAGGAGGGACGAAGCCAACUACACCGCAGAUAUAAACAGAGGAGAAUCCAAAUGCAACCAGAACUAUUUUCUCCGAGUCUACAAAGUACUAACAGAUAAAGACAUCCAGAUUUAUAAUGAAUCCAGUGGAAACGAGACCUGUAACGUCACCUUGACCUGUGCAGUAAAUGGGUUGGUUGGAGCAGAUGUAACGGUAACUUGGAAUAACACAAACAGGGAAAACACAAAGGAUCCCACUAUUCAUCUCUACAAUGGGGAAGCCAAUUCUACUUACACCUGCACUGCGACAAAUCCAGUUAGCACUGCCUACAGGAGUAUAGUGCCAUCAAUAUUCUGCCUGAGACUGACUGAUGAUACUUCUUUAGAGAGGAAAGAAAGUCCAACAAAAAGAAAAAACAAUCGUUAUUAUAUAUCAUCGAUUCCUAUAGUUCUGAUUUUGGUCGUCAUUGCAACUCUAUGUUGCUGGAGACAGAGGAAAAGAAUUGAUUGUCAAUCCUAUGAUAUCCAAAGGCAACAUUAGUGUUGUUUCUUAAUCAAGAAACACUUGUUAAAAAAGCUACACCAAAAACAGAAGAUACAAAAGGAUUUCAAAAAAUUUAAAAUCCUGGAUGUACUAGAUGACAAAUUGGAAUGGACAUGGUAUUCUGAAGAAGAAAGAUGCAAAAUAAUACAAGGGUAGAAACCUCAACAAAAUAUGUUCUAGCUACUUAAACUUUUUUUUUGGGGGGGGAGGGUAGUGUGUUCAUAAUGAUAUUCCAUAAUUAACAGAGAAAAGAAAAUCAUAAAUACACAAAGUGCUGGAGCUGAGGGGAGUUGUACCUUUUUUUUAAAGGAUUGCCAAUAGCAGGGGACAGGCUGGGUUCAGUCAGAGAAUAGGGAUGUAGCGAA